AUGUGCUCCGAUGUGGUCAUGGAAUUCAAAGACGGAGCGAAUUCGGCACGGAUAUACCCGGUGCUUUUGAAGCGGCGGUCGCUGUGUUUGAUAAAAGGAGAGUCCAGAUAUCGUUGGAAGCAUGGAAUUGUGAAUCGCAAACAUGAUAUCAAUCCAGUUACACAUCGAGUGACGCGUCGUCAGCUUCGUGUAUCUAUAACAUUGCGAAAAAUACGCCAUGAACGCUGUCAAUGUCAAUUCAAAGAAUUCUGUGACUGGGAUAGAGGAGGAGAAAUGGCUGUUCCAUCCGAUGACAAUUCAGCUGAACGUAUAGAACGGUUAUACGUUAAUGGCGUAUACGAAAGUAUUGCGUCGCACUUUGACGAGACGAGGUUUUCCAGCUGGACCGGUGUAAAAAGAUUUUUGAGCUCGUUGCCUGACUUUUCGCUAGUUUACGAUGUUGGCUGUGGUAAUGGAAAAUAUUUGAUUUUGGAAGAUAAUCUUUGCAAGAUUGGAUGCGAUAUGAGCCAGAUGUUGUGCGAGAUUGCUGGAGCAAAGGUUGGUGAAUUCUAC